GACCAAAGAUCUGAACAAUUUGACAGUUUUAUGAUUAUUAUGUUUUCUUUUACGUAAAUCUUUGACACAGCAUUUUUGUGCAGAUUAAAAGGCUGUGACAAGCGUGUCCGUGGCAGAAUGACGUCCCUACACAUGUUGGGUCAUAUGGUCUCCAUGGCGAUUAUUGCCACGCUUGUCAAACAGAUUGUCCAGCUAAACUUACAGGUUGACACCCUUAAAGAAGAGGUAGAAGUUCUCCAAGAGAAGAAGAAAUGUGGAGACGGCCAGCCCCCUGGGGGUGAGGGGGUUGGGGACGGAGAGCAGACAAGCACGGGGUCACGGGAUGGUGACAAGGGGGAUUGUGUCAACAAGAGCUCAGACGAAAAUCACAGUAAAAGAACUGUGCAGAGAGAGGAUACAAAGAAAACAGAUUUUUCAUCAUUGACAAGGAAGAUUUUCUCAUCAGUCAAAUGCUAUGAGGAGGAAAAUCGAGUUUGCCAUUUUCAGAACUUGUGUUACAGCUCGUUGGAUGAUGAUUUUGUGAUGUUUCAUGAUCAUUUAAGUACUCUAGAAAAUGUUCAGCUCAAGGACGGGUCAGUGGAAGUGAGUCUUGUGUCAGUGCCUGAUCACAACGCUAAACAAAUCUCGGUGACAUCAUUGCCGAGCCAUAUGUUGGGCAGGUUCUCUGUUAGCUUGGUGAAUGAUACGACACUCAUGUUUCAGAGAUUCCUACCGGACAAUUUAAUGCACAUGUUUCAUGACGAUUUGCUUCCCUUGCAUAACACACUGAAGCUUAUUGAGCCUGGACAUUCAGAAAUAACACCGUUUGAUGUCAGUUUGUUUAUUUACGAACACAAGCAAGAGUAUUCUGAAAAUGACCAGUUUUAUUCAUCGUUCAGUUCGAAAGCAUUAAAUUUUAAAUCAGACUUUGCAAACUCAGGGUUGACAUGUUUUAGAAGCAUAUUUGUUGGUUUAUCAACUACAACCCUCUGGUAUGAUUAUGGAUUCACAAAACCUCAGGGACCGAUAGAAAAUAUGAAUGUACAGGGCGGACAUAUCAAAAGUACUGUUUCCUACCUAGACCAACAGUUAUCUUUAAGCUCAAGGAGAUAUGUACAGUCAGAUUAUGUUGUCUUACUCUCCAGAAAAGAAAACAGGAAAAUCUUAAAUGAGGUGGACUUAUCAUUAGCAAUAGUGAGGGACUGUGGUCUCAAUGUUGUGACAUUAGAUCUUGAUCAUUAUUCCCUGACUGACAUGAUCAAUUAUGUGCAAUAUUCAAGAGGAGUUAUUGGGAUGCAUGGUUCAUUAUUAAUCUUAAGCAUGUUCUUGAAACCAUACUCAUUUGUGAUCGAGUUAUUUCCAUACGCCGUAACUCCUGACAAUUACACUCCAUACAAAACUUUGGCAGGAAUCAGAAGCAUGAAUCUAAUCUACAAAGCUUGGAUUAAUGCAGAUGUUAGAAAAUCAAGGAGCCAUCCUGAUUGGCCCUCAGAAAUAGGCGGUCUCUCUCACCUUGAAGAGUCACAAAGGGAGAUAAUUAAGCAACAGACAACAGUUCCUUCUCAUUUGUGCUGUACAGAUCCUUCCUGGCUGUUUCAUAUAUAUCAAGAUACGGAAAUUGAUGUACAACAUGUUGUGACUCUUGUAGAUGAAGCUUUAGAUCAGGGAAAACAGCUAACAGACAAUGACACUGAGCCUUCUGAAAGUGUUCAUCCUUCGAAAGUAAAAAAUGUGUCUUGUAACAUAGUUUGUGACUUAGGGAAUUAUUCCAGCAAUAAAAUCAACCAGUGUUCAAUAAAUAUCAGGUGGGCAAAACCCUGGACAGUAAAGAAUGUGAUCUAUACGUCUUUGCAAUACGAGGUCAUAAUUCAGGAUAUGUCUCGAGAUGAAAAUGAUGCUAUUCAGACAGUUGUUACUGAUGGAGAAAAUUUAACUCAAUUAAUGGAAGGAGUUGAUCCCAAUGACGAUGUUCAGUUGUACGUGUGGGUACGAGCUUAUCUUAAUAACGGGCAGUAUGGUCCACAUAGUGAUGCAUUGUUAUGCAGUUAACCAGAAAUAAAACUGGAACACCAGAAAUAAAACUGGAACACUUGACACUUCUUGGGGUUUUCAUUCAAAAUUUCUUUAGAAUAUUUAGAAAUGCUUCCCGGAAGACUCGGACCCUUUGGUGGACGCAUAUAGCAGUGAGCUAGCUCGGCAACGCUGCUUUGCGCACCCAUCUCAGUGGUUAUGGGUUUGAGGCUGUUUUAAGUACCAGUACAUGUAUACAAAAAAUAAUCUCCUGUCCUGUGCAUUUUAUAAAACAAAGGCACUACUGAAUUGUGAAAAAGUAAGGGGAGCUUGUCCGGUUCUGUUGGUUAUGUUUAUAUUGAUGCAUUUUGAAAAUGUUGUUGUCAGUAAGCCAGCUUUGGUCAUUGUGUAUACAUCCA